AUGCUUAAUGACAAGGGCUUCGAAUCGAUUGGGUAUGCAGACGAUUUGGCUAUCCUGAUUCGGGGACCUUUCCUAGAGACACUUCUUGAGCUCACACAAGGGGCUCUGGGAAUGGUCGAGGAAUGGUGCAGGGAGACGGGUCUGUCGGUAAACCCGAAAAAGACAAGUCUCGUGAUCUUCACCCGUAAGUACAAGGUGGACUCCGUGCAGGAGCCUGUCUUAGAAGGAGUCAGAUUGAUACCUGAAGGUUCGGUCAAAUAUCUGGGAGUCAUCCUAAAUAAAAGGCUGAACUGGAAGCUGCACCUGGAGACGGUGUACAAGAAAGCCUGCACAUAUUUCUGGAUGUUGCUCCGGCCAAGAUUGCUCUAUGCGGCGGUGGUCUGGUGGCCAAGGGUCCAAGUAUCCGAAGCCCGGGCAUCGCUGGAGUGCGUCAGGGCUCUCAUUCUGAGAGGUGCCCUGGGUGCUAUGAGGACGACGCCAGUGGCGACGAUGGGACUGCUGCUUGGCAUUGAACCACUCCAUCUCUCGAUAGUAGCGGCAACGGCUGCUACUGCAUAUAGAUUGAAGUGCGGGAAUAAUCGCGAGGAGUGGGAGAGGCAUGAGGUGCCUGUUGUCAGGAACGGGGACGUCUGGUACACGGAUGGCUCCAAGACUGACACGGGCGCCGGUGCCGGGAUCUAUGGAUGCCGGAAGGGAGUCAGAGAGACGCUCCCACUUGGGGAGUUUACCACUGUCUUCCAAGCGGAGGUGGCGGCAAUCAUGGGAUGUGCUCAGACACUGAUUGCAUCGGGUGUGACGCGCAGGCGCAUCAGGAUCUGCUCAGAUAGUAGGGCGGCCCUGGGCGCGCUGGGCGCGUGUGUUUUCAAUUCUCGGCUGGUCUGGGAGUGCAAGACGGCGCUGGACCAGCUGUCGGUUGGCAACAACGUUGGUUUGGGUCCCGGGGCACUCGGGGAUCAAGGCGGUCAGAAUGGUGGGACCGGAGCCGGCUCUAGGCGUGCCCAGCUGCGUUGGCAAACGGAAAUAAAGGGCUGGUUGCGGGAACGCCAUGCUGACUUCUGGAGAGAAACGACAAGGACCAAGUGCCGACAGGCAAGGGCUUUCCUGGGAGAAGCACUCAGAAGGGACCUUGCUAGGAACAUCAGGGCCUUGAAGAGAAAGGAAGUCAGGCUGGCAGUGCAGAUCUACACGGGCCAUGGCUUUACCAACUACCACAUGCACAAGCUGGGUCACUGUGACACUCCGGAGUGCAGAAGGUGCGGAUUUGGCGAAGAGACUAUUCUCCACAUGCUAUGCAAAUGCCCGGCUUACACUGGGCACAGACGACUCCUAUUGGGCUCGGAUUUAUUAGUGCCCGAGCAGGUUUGGCAACUCCAGGCCAGGGACCUCCUCCGCUUCUGGGGGGUGACAGGUAUCGGCUAA